AUGUUCUCACAAGUAUCCAGCCAAUUCAAAACAAUCCCGGCUCCCGCCGCCGAUCUGACGGGCAGGACGGCCAUCGUGACCGGCUCCAACGUCGGCCUGGGCCUCGAAGCCUCUCGCUACUUCGCCAAACUGGGCUGCGAUCGCAUCGUCCUAGCCUGCCGGGACCUCAAAAAGGCCGAGGCCGCCCGCAAGGCCAUUCUCUCGUCCGUCUCCUCUUCCGACUCCUCGUCGACAUCCGCGAUCCAGCCCGCUCCAGAGGUCCUGGUCUGGCACCUCGACCUCGCCGACUUUGACAACGUCAAGGCCUUCGCCGCCCGCGCCGCCAAGGAGCUCGACCGCGUCGACUUCUUCAUGGCCAACGCCAGCGUGGCUUCCGCCAAGAGACAGUACGCCGAGGCCGCCGGGGGGUGGGAGAUGCAACUGGCCGUCAACGUCAUUAGUACUUUCUUGCUGAACAUCCUCAUGCUGCCCGUCCUCCGGGAGACGGGGCGGAAGUUUGCCGUGACCCCGCGGUUGGUCGUCACGGCGUCUUUCGGGGCGUUUCUCUCCUUCUUCACGGAACGCACCGCCCCCAACAUCUUCCAAGCCCUCAACGAAAACGGCAGCAUCGUCGACCGGUACAACACUACCAAGCUCCUCCAGGUCAUCGCCACCAAGCACCUCGCCGUGGCCAGCCGCGCCUCCGGCCGCGGCGACGUCGUCAUCAACUGCCUCCACCCGGGCGUCUGCCGCACCGAGCUCUUCCGCUUCGUCCCCUUCCCGCUCAGCAUUCCCUUUAACGCCGCCAUGCUGCUCUUCGGCCGCUCCGCCGACAUGGGCGCCCGCACCCUCAUGGCCGCCGCCCUGAGCGACGAGUCGGACGAGGCAAAUGCUACGCACGGCCGGUUCAUGAGCGAUGGGCUCGUCGCUGAGUUCCCGCCUAUCAUGGCCGGUGACGAGGGGGAGCAGAUGCAGGUCCGGGUUUGGGAGGAGUUGUUGGAGAUUUUGGACGGGAUUGUGCCGGGGAUUUCGAGGACUAUUUGAACAGGGGUUUUUUCCUCCUUUUCCUCCUUUUCCUCCUUUUCCUCCUUUUUCUCCAUUUUCUUCCAUUUUCUUCCAUUUUUCUUCCAUUUUUCUUCCAUUUUUCUUCAUGUCCGAUUUUCUUCUUCUUCUGCCCCCGCGCUUACACUUACACCAUUCUUUUGUGCCUAUUUCACUCAUUUCGUUUCGUCUGUACUUCAAACUUCCACUUUGAGACGUCUUCCAUAAGCCAUAGAUAUAAAUCUUGGGGCGUAUAUUAGGGGUAAGUCUAAACAGCACCCGUGUUUGGAUACCCAGCACCCAGAAAAGUGGGCUAUGAUCCACUAUACUCCCUUACUCGAAUAUCCCACUGUAAACAUAUAUAAAUCCCGAGGCGGUACAAAUCC